AUCUGAGUAUGUCACAUCGAGUUGAAGGGCUCCGGCAAACGUACGAAGGGUAACCAAGAAAAUACAAAGGCGAUCUCAGAUUAAAACAUAAAGUUUCAUAACUUUUGGACUAAGAACAAAAGGAGCACAAUGAGUUCUAACGAGCACUCCCUUCAAGCUUUGUCAUGGAGAAAACUUUACUUGAGCCGAGCUAAGCUUAAAGCGACCAGCAGAACCUCUGCCCUGCUCUCCGGCUUUGCUAUGGUAGCAAUGGUGGAAGUGCAGUUGGAGGAAGAUCACAAUUACCCUCCUGGUUUAUUGGUUGCUUUCAGUGCCUGCACAACAGUGCUGGUGGCCGUCCAUCUCUUUGCCUUGAUGAUCAGCACAUGUAUCCUGCCCAACCUGGAAGCCGUGAGCAACGUCCACAACCUCAACUCCAUAAGGGAAUCGCCACAUGAGCGGAUGCACCGUCACAUCGAGCUGGCCUGGGCCUUCUCCACCGUCAUAGGCACCCUUCUGUUUCUCGCAGAGGUGGUUCUUCUCUGCUGGGUCAAGUUCCUUCCUCUGAAGAAUAAAAUCCCUGCCAAGCAAGAGAAUGUAACUCAGCCUGAAGGUAUAAGCCCGGGGGAAGCCGCGGCAAUCGCUUCUACCUCCAUCAUGGUGCCCUUUGGCUUGGUGUUUAUUGUUUUCGCUGUGCAUUUUUACCGUUCGCUGGUCAGCCACAAAACAGAGCGGCAGAAUGAGGAGUUGGAGGUUCUGGCCAAAAUCACUCAGAUGCAAAACCAACUGGAUAACAGGGGAGAGGCGAAUUUUGCUUAGCCUACGCACUUAUAUGAGUCCUUGUUCUCACACCAAACACUUUCCCAAAAUAUGGAAUGUUGUCACAAAUUAAUAGACACUAGAAGGUGGGAAUCAGGGAUUCUGCAAUAUGUUAGUAUCACAAUAUUGUGAUGCCUUGUGUUUUUCUUGUUUAAUUUUUUAUGUGAACAUACAAACCUUGAUACAGAUGGGGAAAUUUGUACCACCACUCUAUUGUAACUGCCAUCAGUUUUAAAGAAAUUAUUUUGUUGCAAAUACAAAAUUCCCUGCGGCUGUUGGUUGUCUGAGCUUGCUGAACUUUUUAUUUCGCUCUACGCGCUUUGGAUGCUUCCAGCAUGGAAAGUGUCAGUCAAAAAACUGUGACAGUCACUGAAAAGUAAUUUUUUAAAAUGUAGGCUUUUUUAACAUCCUGAGUCAGUAGUUUGAAUAGUAACACCAACAUGUUUUCCAGAACUGUUUGGUUUGUUACAGUUCUUUUUAUAGAAUUUCCGUUUACGGUUAGGCCAAAUUGUUACAUCCAAAUGCAUAGUAAGCUUUAAUAAUGUAUUUCAGUAUUAUAAUACUAGAUUCAUUUUCUUUUCACCUCAAAGCGGAUAAGUCUAAAUAAUGCAUAUACGUCUAAAUGUAAGCAAAGUGUUUGACAGUUAAUUUAGAAAUGUGACCCUGGACCACAAAACCAGUCAUAAGGGUCAAAGCUGAAUAAAUAAGCUUUCGUUAGGAUAGGACAAUAUUUGGCAGAGAUGCAACUAUUUGAAAAUCUGGAAUCUGAGGGUGCAAAAAAAUCAAAAUAUUUAAUUUUCAAAUGAAAUACCUUAAAUUUGUCCAAAUGAAGUCCUCAGCAAUGCAUAUUACUUACAAAAAUAAUUUUUUGAUAUAUUUACGGUAGGAAAUAAUUUUGACUCCUACAAUGUAUUGUUGGCUAUUGCUGCAAAUAUACCUGUGCGACUUGUGACUGGUUUUGUGGUCCAGGGUCACAAAUGUGCUCAGAGAUUUACCCUGAAAGUGAUUUAAAAGGGCUUUUCACACUGCACUUAACCCCAAGUUAUUGUUGCUCUAAAGCAAGCUUUUAACCCCAGGUAAAGGAAAAUGUCACACUUGUACUGGUAAUUUAGAAGCAGUGCUAAUCAAAUGAGUCAAAAUGACAAAUUGUGACAGAGAAUGCGACAAUUGGAGGGAAGAAGAGACCGUUUCAUUCUUACCUUUAGAGUCUGUACUGAGUUCGUCCAAUCAAUGACACUGACACCACAAACCUACAAAUACGAAGGUUAACCCAGUGUUUAGGCAUUGCACUGAGUGAAACGGCGGUUAAUAAAUAGGGUUGGGUAUCGCUUGAAUUUUACGAAUUCUGUUUCAGCUUAUCGAUUCCGAUUCUUACCGAUUCCCACACUCUAAAAAAUGCUGGGUUGUUUCAACCCAUGUCCAAAAUAUGGACAAACCCAACUGUUAGGUUUAAAAAUGUAAUUUAAAAAAAUUAAAAUAACGGCUGGGUUUGUCCAUAUUUGACCCAAACAUAGGUUGAAACAACCCAGCAUUUUUUUUGCAUGCAGUUUCGAUUCCAAUAAGGUAAAAAAAAAACAUGGUCAAACAUUGUAGAUAAUCAAACAUAUUUAUUCUAUCUUUUUGCAAAACAUUCUGUUGCAGCUGAAUACCUUAAACAAACCCAGCAGCCUACAGAACACUUACACAAAAACCUUUUGUCUAUUGUUUUAAAUUAAAUUGUUUUAAACAAAAAUACCACAGCAAAAACAAGUACUAACAUAUAUAAAUUUCAAACAUUAUUAAAGACAAGUAAACAAUCAGUAAUAAAAUAAGAAAAAAUUAGCAAUAGCACAAAUAAAUACAGUUCAACAACGUACAUGUAUAGAAAUUAAAAAUUGUAAUCAAAUAUACAUAACACUGAAAGUUUUCUUUUUAUAAAUAAAAUGUUAAUUCUUAUUAAAGUUACAAAAGUUAAUCCAUCAGGAUUAGUAAGUGAUUAUCGUUUACUUUUGUUCUUUUGAUUAACAUUAAUGAGAGACAGCAAGUUUAUUAGGCUGCUGUCACUUUAAGACCGGAUGCACGGAUUUUGACAUAAUUCUAUGCGUAUUUGUCCGAUCAAGCAUGCUCCUCGCGCUUUGGAUGUGUGAACAGCACAGAAACAGCAUGUGAGUGCUGAAUUUAGUUCUCUUUCGUGUAUUCUUGCGCUUGAAUGGUCAAAUUAAAAUGCACACACAUCGAUAAGCAGAAUUGAAAUGCGUGUGUCUUAUGAAAUUCAUGGUUCUUGGAAAUUUGGAAACGGUUCUUGAUACCCAACCCUAUUAAUAAACACCCAGGAUUAACGGUUAACCCUGGGUAAAUUAUUAGGAGUGUGAUACAUGAAACAAGAUAACCCAGGAUUGCCUUAACCUGGGGUUUAGAAUGACCCAGGGUUAACUUUCAAGUGUGAAAAGCCCUUCAUACUUAAGUUUUUAUUUAAAACACAGCUUGAAAGUGUCAUUGAAAAGACUGUAUAACAUUUUAUAGACCUGUUUUCCUAAAACCCAUUUCUAAAAAAUUGAUGGAAUUUUUGCGAAUUACAUUUUGUAUUUCAGCCAAACAGUGGGUUGCAGCUGGUUCUAUUAUCAUUUGUGUGCCAGACCAUAUGAAAACAUAUUUACGUUACUGCUGUUUAGGAUAGAUGCAGAAAUAAUGCAAAUAAUUUUUUUUUUUUUUGGGGAGUGUUAUCUUACUCUUGGCUGUGGCUACAAACAGCUCAAAAUCUAUAUUAUAAAUAUUGUAUAUUAUUUUGUUUUUCUCUGUUCAGCAUGUUUUGAUUGUGUGAAUACAAAAUGUGGUUUGAUUAUUUUUAAUAGAGAUAUUUUAAAAGGCCUUUUGCUGUGAAGAGGCUAUUAUAAACAGGCUGGUAUAAUUUGUUUACAUAUAUAGUCUUGUAUUAAUCUUUAGAUUAAUUUUAAGAGUAAAAUCUUUUCUAGGUUUUUGCACAUCUACUGUAAAGUUAUUUGGAAGAUAUUUCAAAUUAUUCAGGCCACCUGCGCUUGUGUGUCUUAUAUCUUUUGCUAAGUUGGUUAAGUGUUUUAUUAUUUUGAAAUAUGUACAAAUACGUGUUUGAUAAUAAGCCUUUGAAAAGUCCAUUUUUGUCUUUAUGGCAAAAAGGCACUAUCCACAAUUUCUAAAAGUAGAGGUACGUUACUGGUGCUGUUUUACUGGCAGACAUUUUAGUUUCUGUGCUUUUUCAUGUUGAAGUAGUUCUGAUGUAGUGACAGUUAUAUGGAAGUAUAGAAAAAUCAGAGCAUCGUAUUUUUAUAUUUUAUAUAACAAUUUAUUUUUUAUCCUAUAAGGGUCUGGGCUGCUAUGCUUUGUGAAUCUUUUAAAUAUCCCCACUUAAUGGGGGUUAAAAGAAGCCUCAUUUUUUAUAAGAUGCUACAGCUGGGAGAUGACCCAUGUUUUAUUUUAUGGCACUUUUCGACAAUCUCGCAUCAUUUCACUUUUCUGUGUCCUUGACAAGUACUUGUCAAAUAGAAAAUGAGCAUUUUCCCAAUAAAAAUGUGUUAAUCGCU